AUAAUUCAGUGCACUUUAGGAAAAAAAAUUAAUACAUCUGUGGUAAAUGCAGAAAUCCCAGUUUGGUUGAAUUUCAUCAGCUGCAGAGAUGGAGAUUGAGUCGAUGGUGGCAAACUGUGCACUUAUAAAAGCAAGAGAAGAAGGCAAUGGUGGGAACCGUAAAGGAAGGAGCCGAAAAUGGAAGGAAUUUCUGCGUUUCCCGAACAUAAACGAGUGCACAGAGCUGGAGAUAAGUAUCGAGCGAGAUUAUUACAGUCUGUGUGUCAAACAGCCCAUCGGAAAUCAACUCUUCCGUCUCUUCUGUGCAACUAAAUCUGAUCUGCAGCACUGCAUCGACCUGUUGGAUCAAACCGCCGAAUAUGAAGUCACACCAGAUGACAAGAGAAAAAACUUUGGAAAAGAACUCAUCAACAAAUAUCUGACGUCACAGUCCUCUAGGGUGCGUGCCAUUGUAGACUGGGAACUUGAGAAGUGCAGUGAAAAUAUAUUCAGCAGCUGCCAAAAGGCACUUCAUGAGUAUCUUAGUGGAGCUCCAUUUGCGGAGUACCAGAAAAGCAUGUAUUUUGACCGAUUCCUGCAGUGGAAGAUAGUUGAGAGACGUCCGAUCACCCGAGAUUUAUUUCGAGAGUACCGUGUUUUGGGAAAGGGUGGGUUUGGAGAGGUGUGUGCGUCUCAGUCCCGAGCAUCAGGGAAAAUGUACGCCUGUAAGAAACUGGAGAAGAAGCGUAUUAAGAAGCAGAGAGGAGAAGCCAUGGCCCUCAACGAGAAACAGAUUCUAGAACGAGUCAACAGCAGAUUUGUGGUCAGUUUAGCAUACGCUUACGAGACGAAAGAGGCUCUUUGCCUGGUGCUGACGCUGAUGAACGGAGGAGACCUGAGGUAUCACAUCUAUAACAUGGGCACCGCGGGACUCAAAAAAGAAAGUGUACAGUUUUAUGCUGCUGAGAUCCUGUGCGGCUUGAGCCAUCUUCAUAAAGAGUCCAUUGUUUAUAGAGAUUUAAAGCCAGAAAACAUUCUGCUGGAUGAUAAUGGUCAUAUUCGGAUCUCUGAUUUAGGACUAGCUGUAAUCUUGCCAGAAGAAAAACUUGUGAAGGGUAGAGUGGGAACAGUCGGAUAUAUGGCACCAGAAGUCAUUAUAAACACACAAUAUGGUGUAAGUGUGGACUGGUGGGGACUCGGGUGUCUAAUUUAUGAAAUGACGGAUGGAAAUCCUCCGUUCCGCAAAUAUAAGGAACGACUGCCGAAAAAGGAGAUGGAAAGGCGAGUUCUGGAGAUGAUCGAAAAUUACGGGAAGUUGUUUGACGAGGACACUACAAGCAUCUGUAAAAGCCUCCUGGCUAAAAACCCAAAGGAGCGAUUGGGCUGCAAAUCCGAACGAGGAUCAGAGGCCAUCAAAGGUCACGAGUUCUUUAAGGACAUCAAUUUUACGAGACUUGAGGCAGGAAUGAUGCCGCCACCCUUUGUUCCAGAUCCGAGAGCCGUUUACUGCGCAGACGUCCUGGACAUCGAUCAGUUCUCUACCGUCAAAGGAGUGAGCCUUGAUGAGGUCGAUGAACAUUUCUAUAGCAAGUUUAACACGGGAAGCGUGACAGUGCCCUGGCAGAAUGAGAUGAUAGAGACCGAGUGCUUCAAAGACCUGAAUGUGUUCGGGCCACGAGGAACAAGAACACCAGAUCUGGACCGCAGCAUUUUGAUCCCAAAGAACAGCUCAGAGACUCACCUCAUCCAUCGGAGUCCUAAUGAAUCCGGCGGACACAGACACCGGCUGCUGAACCGAAUCUUCAAGAGACGUCACAGGGGGCAGUCAGCUGAUCCCAUAUAUCGCUCCUUAUCCAGCCAGGGUUCUGAAUGACUUCUGCAGAAGAGGACAAAACAAAACACCGUCCUUUCAUCUUCAUAAUUCCUGAUUCAUGUAAAAGACAGAUGGCUUCCUCACUGGAGAGGUUGUUUAAAGUGCCAGUGCUUAUUGAAAAGACUUGUAUUUACUGUAUUAC